AUGCCUUGUCUUUACAUUACUACAAACGUCAAGUUGGACGGCGUUAACACCGAUCCGUUCUACUCGGAAGUCACCAAAGCCGUCGCUUCCAUAGUCGGACGACCUCAGAACUUAGUGAUGGUGGUGUUGAAGGGAUCAGUAGAGAUAGUGUUCGGUGGGAACAAAGAUGCAGCUGCGUAUGCAGAGAUUGUGUCCAUGGGAGGCAUCACAAAACAAGUUAAGAGACAACUCAUUUCAACCGUUGGCUCUAUUCUUCAGACUCAUUUUUCUAUUGAUCCCACUCGUUUCAUCUUUAAAGUUUUUGAUAUUACGUCUUUGCCUGUUCCUUCUAAGUUAUAG